AUGGCCCGCGGCUACUCACCCCCCGAAUCGCCGCUGUCCUCAGUGCGGUCAUCGGACCACACCGACGACGACGGCCACGACUACGACGACGCCUCGUCGCGCCCGUCGAAGCGCCUCAAGGUCGACGGCGCGUCGCGGGCGUCGCGGGCGUCAUCUGCCAUGGUCCACGACGCCGACCACGAACAGGACGUGGUCCCCGAGCCGGACCCGCUCGAGGGCAUGUCGGACCUGUCGUCGGACACGUCGGGCGACAUCCCCAGCUCGCCCGCCAACACGCGGCUAGAGGAGGAGGACUUCCAGGAGCAGGUCAGCGUCUGCGACUGGGAUGGUUGCGAUGCUGGCGACCAGGGCAACAUGGAUCGGCUGGUCGAGCACAUUCACAACUCGCACAUUGAGAACCGCCAGAAAAAGUACACAUGCGAGUGGAAGAGCUGCCCGCGCAAGGGCCUGACGCACGCCAGCGGCUACGCGCUCAAGGCGCACAUGCGCAGCCAUACGAGGGAGAAGCCAUUUUACUGCUACCUACCAGAGUGUGAUCGAUCAUUUACAAGGUCCGACGCCCUGGCGAAGCACAUGCGCACCGUCCACGAGACCGAGGCUCUCCGCCCAUCCGACCCCGUGCCCAAGUCGAUGCAGGCCGGCCCGCCGGGCAAGGGGAGCAAGCUCAAGAUCAUCAUCAAGACGCCCCAGUCCCACGGCGGCGAGGGCGAGGGCGACGAGGCGACGCCCGAAGAGGUCGGCCACGCCGAGUACUUUACGCCGCUGACGAGCGAGCUCUUCACGGCCGACGAGCUCGCCUUUUCCGUCGACAAGCUGUACCGCAAGUGCUUCUGGGAGGCCAAGUGGGCGGGCGAGGUCGGCGCGACGCUCACGCGCGAGUGCCGCGAGUGGGAGGCCGUCUACUACCGCGAGUGGCUCGAAAAGGAGACGCUGCUCGCGCAGGUCAUCCAGAGCGAGGUCGACUGGCACGAGCGCCGGCAGGCCGUCUUGGCGGGCGCGGCGGACCUGCAGAUUGCCAACGGCGCGGUGCCCGCGACGGCGACGGACGGUGUGAAGACGCCGGUGGCGCGGGAGAAUGGCGUCGAGGAGGCGGCUGUGACUCUGCGGCCGGAAAAGGCCGCCGAGCCCAAGGGGGAGGCUGUCGCCGUGUAG